AUGUUAUACUCUUCCUCGUGCACGAAUAUCAUAUCCAACGAUACAGCCCACCAUCCGCACGGUCAGCCAAACGAACACGACGAAGUCGCUUUCGAUGCGCAGGAACACAAGGGUGGCGAGGGUGCGGCUGACGGUCAGUCGAGCGCGGAUCACGCUGAAGACGAAGACAACGACGUGGCCUUGCCCUUGUCGUCCUUUGAAGCGUUCGACAUGAUCCCAGAAGCUUGGCGCGCCGUGGUCGCCACGUACAUGAUGUACUCUGUGAUCCGUGCGUUCGUUAGAGGUAUCAUGCAGUUCGAGGGACCCGAUAUUGGGUGGUACGAUCAGCGCAAUCCAGAAGGGGAGUGCGGCGGAGAGGAUUCAGGCAGUCAGAGAGGAGAUGGAGAGCAGGAUGUUGAGGGAGGGCAGAAUGAUGGGAGCAGUCAGGAGGAGGGAGGGUUGCGUGAUGGCGAGGUGGGUGCUGAGAGCAACCAGGACGAUGAAAGCAGUCAACGUGGCGAGAUCGGGCGUGGCGGACGCGAAAACAUCGACAACGGCGACCACAUCAACAACGAAAGUCGCCAGGGGACAGCAGCACAUCAGGGGGAGAGCUCAUCCUCCCUCGCUCAAACUCACAGCCAGGACGAUGACGGUUCAAGCCAUCAGCAGUCUCCAAGCGGCUCAAACACCACCAAUUCCAUCACCGAACUCCCAAGGUGGCUGCCCAUCGACUGUAUGGAGAAGUUCGGCCCUGACGCUCAGUACACCGUGAUGACUACCUCCGGUGAGCAGUUCACAUUCAAAGGCACCGGCGGCUUCAUCCCACCAUCUGCGGAAUAUCCAGACCUGAGUGCUCUGUCCGAUAACCCAAUACCUCAGGACCCUCUGCAGGCUCGGCUUCAGGCGGCCUCGGAUGCGAAUAAUGCUCGGCUGGAAUUAGAGGACCAGGCAGCUCAGGCGCCAGAACCAAACUCGCGCAGAGCGCGUCGUCGCCGGCUCGUGGCCAUACUGGCGCAUGUCAUGGAUGAGUACGAGGUCUUUGUGAGAGGAGGGUGA